AUGGACACCGGGACCGGGGCCGCGCUGGCCUGGAGCCCCGGGGCGGCCCCGCAGCCCCCGCCCGGGCUGGGCGUGAAGUUGGGGUCGCUGGUGAUGCUGCUGCUGCUGCCCCUCGCCUGCGGCCUCGCACCCCUCUGGUGCUUCCGACAGCCCCCCGACCCCCGCAGCCCCAUGCUCAGCCUCGUGAGCUGCUUCUCGGGCGGCGUUUUCAUGGGCACCUUCCUGCUCGACCUUCUGCCUGACUACCUGGGCAGCAUCGCUGCGGCGCUGGAGGGGCUGCGCAUCACGCUGCAGUUCCCCCUGCCGGAGUUCAUCCUGGCCAUGGGCUUCUUCCUGGUGCUGGUGCUGGAGCAGGCGACGCUGGCGCAGCGGGAGCUGGCCGAGCCUCCCGAGGAGUCGCGGGCGCUGCUGCCCAGCGGCUCCAUCCAGGCCGCGUUGCCCGGCGGCCCGGUGGGCCCGGUGGGCUCGGUGCCGGCGGCCGGCGGCGGCCCCGGCGCGCUGCGGGCGGCGGCGCUGGCGCUGGCGCUGGCGCUGCACGCGGUGCUGGAGGGCCUGGCGCUGGGCCUGCGCCAGGGCGACGCGGCCGCGCUGCGGGUGCUGCUGGCCCUGCUGCUGCACAAGGGCGCCGUGGCCUUCGGCCUCUCGCUGGAGCUGCUGCGGAGCCGCCUGCGCCCGCCCGCCGUGGCCUCGUGCCUCGUGCUGCUGGCGCUCAUGUCCCCGCUGGGCGUCGGCGUGGGCACGGCGCUGGCGGCGGGCGCGGGGCCGCGGCAGCGCCUGUGCCGGGCCGUGCUGGAGGGGCUGGCGGCCGGCACCUUCCUCUUCGUCACCUUCCUGGAGAUUCUGCCCCAGGAGCUGGGGGCGCCCCGAAAUCGCAUCCCCAAGGUCAUCCUGAUCCUCGCCGGCUUCGCGCUGGUCAGCGCCAUCCUCUUCGUCAAGGGAUGAGAUCUGCCGGCCCGGAAUCCCCACGCCGGGCUCGGAGAAUCCGGCGGAAUUCAUGUGCCCCCCCCGCGUCCUCCUUUCCGAAGUGCCAAAGUGCCUCUCCCGUCUCUGUGCCUCAGUUUCCCUGUCUAAACUGUCCUCUUUCUCAAGGGGAGACCCCGCCUGGCCUGGGAUUCCCCGUUCUCGUUCUUGCACUCUGCACCCCGUGUUCCGAAGUGCCAAAGUGCCUCUCUCAGCGCUGUGCCUCAGUUUCCCCAUCUGCACAAUGGAUCGGUGCUGUGACCCCCCCCCCCUCAGGACCCUGGGAGGGGUGAGUGUCCCCCCCAUAACCACAAGUGCCCUUACGGACUCCCCCGGAUUUGGGGGUGUUGGAUGAAGCAAAUAAAGGACUGAACCCGAAA